AUGCAGCCUCCACAGAGAACUCCAAGCCUCAGACCUUCCAAGCAGAGGAAGAGGCCAGCAACCAGACAAGAGGAACUUGCUGGAAUCCAGACAAAGCUCCCAAACAAGAUCCCGGUGAUUGUGCAGUGUUAGCCCAGAAAGAAGGUCCAGCCCCUGCUGGACAAAUCCAAGUUCCCGGUCCAACAGGAGCUGACCGUGACCCAGUUCCUCAGCAUCAUGCAGAUCCACAUGGUUCUCAAGGCCCCUGGAGCCUUUUACUUGCUGGUGAACCACAAGACCCUGGAGAGCAUGAGUGUGACCAUGGCAGAUAUCCACAGGGAACACAAGGACGAGGAUGGCUUCGUGUGCCUGACCUCACCUCCCAGGAGACGUUCGGCUGCCAGCCAGCAGCCCCAGUGA